AUGGGAAUUAUGUUCAGAGCUGUCUUUGGAAACAAGAAACAGGGUAAAGUCAAAGAUGGAAUCAAAAAGAACCAUAAGAAUGCAGGUGCAGAGGUUCCGCCCCACAUCUCUCUGCAGAGGGAAGGGGAAGACAACAGACGUAGCACACACUGUAAAGAGCGGGAUAGGAGCCACAGAGAAAGAAAACUGUCUCGUUUAACGAAAGGCGUGUCCAUUUCUCUACCAUCUUCUCCUCUGCUCUCACGACCGGCGGACUUGGCGCUCUCCGCGUCCUGCAUUCGAUUCCCAGCUCGGGAAAGAAAGCCGGACUAUGCCGACAGCUCAUCCAGCGCCUCGUGUCGCGGCAGAGCAGAGCACAGAGACCGUCACGGUGCACCCCAAUUGGGCUCCUCCGUUUCCACCCAGGAACUGAUGACCAGACUAUGCUUUUUACUGGGAGAAGUCUCGCCCAGCUCUAGGUCCCCUAUGGAGGACAGGAGGGAGAGGAAGGGGGGCAGUCCCAGCUCCACUCUAACCUGCAGCACAGCAUCCCCAUGUUCGGAGAGCCCAUGUUCCACUCUGGGCGUCUCUUCGGGAGGGAUGUGCCUGCCUCCACAGUCCCCCCACAGCAGCUGCAGCCCCUGUGGCACUCUCUCCAGUCCCACCACCCAGGCCCCCUCCACGGCUCUGCACUCCGGGAACAUCCCUGGACCCAACGCCCAGAGCCCCACCUCUACCCUGGAGAGCAAGGAUAGUGGGAUCAUAGCAACCAUCACCAGCUCUUCAGAGAAUGAGGAGCGCGGAGCAGACUUACCUAAGGACAAAGCCCCGAGCAGCAGUGUUGGAGUUAUGUGCCAAACGGCUGAAGAGCGUCACUGUGGCUCCGGCAAGGACACUUUGAGCGUCCAAUUGGAUGAGGCCUUAUAUCGAGCUGAAAUCACAGAGAACAGGACUCCACCUGCACCCAAAAGACCUCUACCACAGCACCAUGCCCAGGGGACCUCCUCUCUCGUUAUGCAGCGCCCAAAUUCAGUGGCGGCUACCAGCACCACCAGAUUGGAGGACCUAAGCUUUUUGGACAACCACCGGCCCGCAGGACAUCGAGCGUCUGUCCGCAAACACCACACAGCUGGCCGCACAAAUGACGACUCCAAAGGUAAAUUGGCUCUUUUCAAACAAGCCGACAUCAUGCUGAAGCCCUUGUUAUUCGAAGUCCCGGGGAUGACAGCAGACACUCCGUUCGUGGGCCGUGAUUGGCUGUUUGUGCGUCUGGAGGAGGUCCUGAAGAAGAGCAGCAGCUGUGAGGGGCGUGGGGCGGUGAUCGUGGGCAACGCUGGAUCAGGGAAGACCUCCAUCAUCUGGCAGAUUGUCAAUCUCAGCUGUCAUGGCCUCCGCACAGCUCCAGGACUAUCGGGGGCGACAGGCACAACCCACAGCCCAAGAUCAUCACCCAAAUGUGGAGAUAAACACACAAAAUCAGGAUCCAAACCAGCAGCUGAGUCCCAGUCCAACCUCAGCACUGGAGCGAGUGACAGCAGGAAGGAGGCUGUCAGAGCGCUGGCUGCUAAGGUGGUGGCCUAUCAUUUCUGUCAGGCUGACAACACAUACACGUGCCUGGUGCCCGAAUUCGUGCACAGUCUCGCCGCCCUGCUGGCGAGAGCACCACAGCUCACCCCCUACAGAGAGCUGCUCGUCCAAGAACCACAUGUUCAAAAUGCACUAAGUCUACGCUCCUGUGUCCAAGACCCCAUCACUGCUUUUAAGAAGGGAGUCUUGGAGCCCUUAUCCACUCUGCGCAAAGAGAAAAGACUGCCUGAAGAAGACUACAUCAUUUUGGUGGACAGUCUGAAUGAGGCAGAGUUUCAUAAACCUGAUUACGGCGAUACCAUUGCAGCUUUCAUCACUAAAAUUAUUUCCAAAUUCCCUCACUGGCUCAAGUUGGUGGUGACGGUCAGGACGGGACUUCUGGAAAUCACUACUCUCCUCCCCUUUUCGGGCAUCUCUCUGGACAUUUUGCCGGACAGCAGUGACCUGGGAGCAGACCUUAGCGACUACAUCCACCACCGCGUCAACAACAGUGCUCGAGUCGCCUCAAACGUCACCACUGCUACAGGCACCGCCCCUGACCCACUCCUGCUCAGUAAAUUCAGCAGCCACCUGUCGUCAAGGAGCAACGGGUCCGUCCUGUACCUGGAGCUCACUCUAGACCUGUUUCAUAAAGGACACCUGGCCAUUAAAGGAGGAAGCUACCUUGCCGUGCCUGUUUCGCUGUCAGAGGCUUAUCUGCUGAUGUGCCGUGAGCGCUUCCCGGACAAAGAGGCAUUUGAACGCGUUGUUCCGGUGCUGAACGUGGCGCUGGCGUCUCUGCACCCUCUGACUGACGAGCAAAUGUUCAGAGCACUCAACGCAGGCAGUGUGAGCGGGGAUCUGGAGUGGACGGACUUUCAACAGAGAUUGGAAAGUCUGGCUGGAUUCAUGGUGCGGCGGCGGGACGGCACGCGUAUGCUGUGUCACCCGUCCUUCAGAGAGUGGUUAGUUUGGAGAGCAGACGGAGAGAGCAACGACUUCCUCUGUGACCCGAGGAGUGGCCAUGCGCUGCUGGCCUUCAUGUUCUCUCGACAGGAAGUUAAACUCAACCGGCAGCAGACAAUGGAGCUCGGACACCAUAUACUCAAGGCUCACAUAUUUAAGGGCCUGAGUAAGAAGACCGGGGUGUCGUCCAGUGUCCUUCAGGCCGUGUGGGUGAACUGGAGCACAGACAGCCUCUCCGCAGCGUUGGCCUCCCUCAGAAACCUCUACACACCGAACAUCAAGGUGAGUCGUCUGUUGAUGCUGGGGGGCGCGAGUGUGACCUGGUGCACAGAGGUGGUGGGCCAUGCUCCGAUCUUGGCCAUUCAUGCCAAUCUGGGACAUUUAGAGAUGGUGGCGCUGCUGCUGGAGAUGGGAGCUCCGGUGGAUGGGACCACAGACAGCGGGAUGACCUCUCUGUGUUUAGCUGCCUCUGCGGGACACACCGACAUAGUAAUCCUCCUCUGCAAGAAAGGAGCAAAGGUGGGACACUCCGAUAAGAGCGGGCAGUGUGCGCUCGUUCAUGCCGCUCUUAAAGGUCACGCGGAGAUUGUGGACAUCCUGCUGGGACAAGACUGGGGACCUGACAGCCCUCCCGAAACAGAGCCGCACCCCAACAACGAGAGCUCCAUUGGGAAGAAGCAGGCCACACAACAGGCACUCACGGCUGCUGCGAGCCUGGGACACAUACAGGUUGUGAGGAGCCUUCUGGACUUGAAAGACGAACAGCUGGCGGUGCAGAUGGACGCUCACGACUCUCUCUGGGGAGAAACUGGUGCGCGCCUCCUCCUCUCCUCCUUUUCUGUCUUCGCUUACUCUUGA